AUGAACGUAUGUAGUGGCUCCAGAUUGAGCCACUUCGACCAGAGUACUACUCCAGUGAAGUCCAUCAAGAGUAGAGACGGCGAUGUGAUUGAUUGCGUGGAUAGCUCUAACCAACCAGCAUUUGAUCAUGCCUUGCUUGAUAAGCGUAGUUCUCAGGGUAAUGCUAAGAACUCAGCAAUACAAUCAUGGCAGUUAGAUGGGAGUUGUCCAGAUGGAACAGUUGCUGUGAGAAGAACAAGUGAAGAAGAGAAGUUUAAAGCUUACUCCCUCAAUUAUCAUGGAAGAAAUUUUCAAGCAACCUUAGAUGCAGAGAUUAAUAAUAUUUUUUCCACCACCACCAGUGGUUUUGAGCAGUAUGCAACUGUGUCCGUGGCUGGAGAAGAGUACUAUGGAGCAAUGGCUUUUAUUAACAUAUGGAGCCCCGAGGUUAGGCCCAAUGAAGUCAGUUCAUCGCAGAUUUGGAUUGUUGGAGGUUCUGGUUCCGAUCAGAAUGUAAUUGUAGCUGGUUGGCAUGUAUGUUUUUCUUUCUUUAAAAACAAAGAAAUUUAUUACGUGUAUCCAGAAUUAUAUGGAGACAACAGGACAAGAUUUUAUACUUUCUGGACAUUUAUCAUCGGAUCUACCAGAAGCGACAAUUUCAAGUCUACUGGAUGCUACAACUUGCAAUGUCCAGGAUUUGUGCAAACUAGCAAAGAAAUUGCAUUAGGAGCACCUUUUCUUGUUGUCUCCGACAAAGAUGGUUUGCCAACUGAAUUUUCCUUGAUUAUCUUUAAGGGUCAUCAUGGUUGGGAGCUGGAAAUGAAUGGCAUAACAAUUGGUUAUUGGCCAUUUUCAUUAUUUACCAGUCUGAACAAAAAUCCAGCAUCAUUCGUUGCAUGGGGAGGAAUGGUGUUCAACUCGCAAAUUGAUGGAAAACAAAGUACAACAACUCAAAUGGGAAAUGGCCAUUUUCCUAAAGAAGGCCAUCUCAAGGGAGCAGCUUAUAUGAGAGCAGUCCAAGUAUUUAAUGAGUCCGGAUAUUCAAGACACCUCGACUCUCCAAAGCUCUUUGCUCCACAACCAAAUUGCUAUAGUAUAAAGUUUGGUUAUAACCCCGAUUUGGGAGAUUACAUUUCGUAUGGAGGUCCAGGAAGAAAUCCUAAAUGCCCUUGA